CAUUCCCCUCUUUUCUUCUUCCCACGCGCCUCUCUGCGAGGGCCGCAUGUUUGGCCUCACCCCGUCAGCGAGCCUCCCAAGCCUCCCCCCUAGCCUUUGACCGUGCUCCUCACCGCCCACCAGCGUCGUGUAUACCCACAAGCAGGGCCUCACAAUUGCGGCUGCGGCUGCAAACCACCAAGCACUGUUGCAUCCCAACCGCCGCUCGGGCUGUGUAGUGCGCCAUGGACGACUGGACGUCCAAGCAGCUCCCUGAGCGCCUGCCCUUCUCCAAGAAGCGGCUCUCCAAGAAAGUCAUCUUCUCGUAUAUCGGCGAUUACCUCAUAAUCAUCGUUUUGAUGCUUACCUUUGCCAUUGUCGACAAAAUCCCCCCCUUCCACCAACCCUUCUCGCUCGACAACUACACCCUCCACUACCCCUUCGCCACCAAAGAGCGCGUGCCCGUCAUAUGGCUAUGUGUCUACGUCGUCCUCGCCCCCGCCGUCAUCAUUGGCAUAUAUACCAUGGUCAUCGAUGGUCUGUUCUCGCACCAGACUGCCAUGCCUGCCAAUCGCACCGGCCUCAAGCGUCUUUCGGGAAGAUACAGGUUCAAGGAUAGGCUGUGGGAGCUGAACUGCGGUAUACUUGGGCUGGGCCUAAGUAUCGGCGCUGCCUUUACAAUCACCGGGGCUUUGAAGAAUGCCAUCGGAAAGCCGCGACCGGACCUCAUUAGCCGGUGUCUUGUGGAUCAAGCCAAGAUUAACACGGAGCGCUACGCCCUUCAAACCAUUGACAUUUGCACCCAAAAGGACAACUACAUUCUGCAAGAUGGCUUCAAGAGCUUUCCCUCCGGACACAGCAGCGUUUCCUUUGCCGGCCUGUUCUACCUCUCCAUUUACCUUUCCGGAAAACUCCACGUUUUGGACGCCAAGGGUGAGGUUUGGAGAACGUUCAUUGUCAUGGUCCCCACACUCGGCGCUGCGCUCAUUACGGGAACGCGUAUCAUGGAUGCCCGUCACCACCCCUUCGACGUCAUUUCAGGCGCCCUACUUGGCAUACUCGUGGCAUGGGGCUCGUACCGACAAUACUUCCCUCCUGUUUCCGAGACCUGGCGCAAGGGACGCGCAUAUCCCAUUCGUGCCUGGGGCAAAGCAUCACGCGCACCACCGCACGUACCAAUGAUGACGGAGGACGAUAUGCAAACGUUAAGAGCUAUCAACAAGCCGGUAGACGAAGAGCGUGGGGAAGCAUCAGGAUAUUCCGCCACAGCUGUGGUUCCUCCAGAUGGUGAUGUUGGAGGCAAUGUUUUUCGCCAACAAAUUCAUAAUUCUCAGCGAAGACGGCAGGAAUCGGGAUCUCAGUAUGGCGUAAACCGAAGUGAUACGGGCGCAUCGAGUAAUUACCGGACCGAAACCAUGACAUCCGGCAUAUCCUCCAAGGUCAACAGGUACACCAAUCAACUGCCCUCCACCAAUCCUUUUGCUGCGGACGUCGCACGCCAACGCCAGAUGGACACUUAUGAUUACUCGUCUUCGGAAGAGGAUGAAAACUACGAGCUUCAAUCCAGGACUGGCAUCUACAACCCGGUGUCUGGUAGACUCACGGAUACAGGAUACCAUCCACCUGCUGGCAUCUCACCUGUUCCUACGCCACCUCCUCCGCACAAUGCUGUCAUACAGAAUCAACAGCCCACGAUGUCUCAAACGGGAGAUCUGUCUGAUCGAAGGGAUGUUGCGCCCGUGCCUCCGCCACAUGCUACAAGCAUGCCCCAGCAAAUAUGAAGAGGGAUCGAGGUGCACAAUUGUGUAUGAGCGACAAUAUAUUGGCGGAGGAAUUGAAUUUCCCAAAAUCCCCGCAUUCUCUUCUCUCGGCAGAAGUUGGUGUGCCGAUGAGGGUAUGAAGAGGUGGCUAUGAUUAGGACGAGGCGCCAUGUAUCGCGUCUUGAUUGGGAACAAGGAGUUGUGUGGGAAUGGGGAUCAUCAUGACAGGAAUUCAAUUUCCCUAGAGGAAAUGGCGCCAUGGAAAUUUGUAGCAUAAAAAUGCAAUCCGAUUUAUGUGUAAUCUUU